GAAGGUGAAUAUUAAGCACUUACCAGUGUGCCUAUGAGCUCCCUAACGACCCAGUGAGGUGGGCCGUAUUACCCCAUUUAAUAGAUGGGGAAGCUGAGGCUCAGACAGGUCAGCUUCUGUCUCUGUGCUGGUCUUAUUCUACUGGGGUCUUCCACAUGACAGAGGAACUGGUUACUAGCUGCCCUAUAGUCAUAUCUUUAGGGCCCUCAGUUUAGGGAGAGAGGAGAGCUACCUUCCUACCCAAACCCUGGGCACCCAUCAUUGCAAGUUGUCACUCCUACACCUGCAGGCUUCUCCCACCAGUCUGCUCCUCACCAGGAUCAGAGUGAUGUUUCUACAGUGUCCCUGUCCUUGUCUCUCUCCUGCCUGAAGUCCUUAAUUGGCCCCAUGUCACCCACAAGCCAGAGGUCCAGCUCCUUGACAUGAUCAGAAGGAUCUUCAUCAUCAGACCCCAGACCCCCAGAGAAGACAACAAAUGGCCUCUUCCUGAAAGCUCAGACAUCUGAGGAUGGGAGUCAGCCAGACAAGAUAAGAGCCCUUGGAGAGACAGGCAGCCAGAAGCAUCUGUGCUCUCAGGAUAAGGCAGAGCCUCCUCCCAAGUCCGGUCCAUCUCUGGUCCCGGGGAAAACACCCACAGUCCGUGCUGCAUUAAUCUGCCUGACGCUGGUCCUGGUCGCCUCCGUCCUGCUGCAGGCCGUCCUUUAUCCCCGGUUUAUGGGCACCAUAUCAGAUGUAAAGACCAAUGUACAGUUGCUGAAAGGUCGUGUGGACAACAUCAGCACCCUGGAUUCUGAAAUUAAAAAGAAUAGCGACGGCAUGGAGGCAGCUGGCGUUCAGAUCCAGAUGGUGAAUGUGAGCCUGGGUUAUGUGCGUUCUCAGUUCCUGAAGUUAAAAACCAGUGUGGAGAAGGCCAACGCACAGAUCCAGAUCUUAACAAGAAGUUGGGAAGAAGUCAGUACCUUAAAUGCCCAAAUCCCAGAGUUAAAAAGUGAUUUGGAGAAAGCCAGUGCUUUAAAUACAAAGAUCCGGGCACUCCAGGGCAGCUUGGAGAAUAUGAGCAAGUUGCUCAAACGACAAAAUGAUAUUCUACAGGUGGUUUCUCAAGGCUGGAAGUACUUCAAGGGGAACUUCUAUUACUUUUCUCUCAUUUCAAAGACCUGGUAUAGUGCCGAGCAGUUCUGUGUGUCCAGGAAUUCACACCUGACCUCGGUGACCUCAGAGAGUGAGCAGGAGUUUCUGUAUAAAACAGCGGGGGGACUCAUCUACUGGAUUGGCCUGACUAAAGCAGGGAUGGAAGGGGACUGGUCCUGGGUGGAUGACACGCCAUUCAACAAGGUCCAAAGUGCGAGGAUGACUGGAACAUUGCAACCAAGAUCGAGCGCAACCCUGUCACUAACUGGCUGUGGACCUGAGCCCUCCACGCCCUCUGGGGUUUGGCAACAAGGCCUUCUACCUGGCCAGCUUCAGGGAUCUUGUCAUGAGUCUAGGUCUUCACAGUGUGGGUUUGUGUAGGGACUUGAAAGUGGUGGGUUGGUUUGGCCUGGACUUGGGGCAUGUGAAAGCUUAGAGGUCGAAGUCUCACCAGUCCCCUUCCUCUGAGGCUUGGGUGCAGACAUUUGCUAUGCCAUUCCCUAGGACAAAAGCUUGGGUUGAGUUAACUCAUUUCUUCACUGGAAAUAAGUUCUUUUUGAUUUUCCACUUUGUAAAUCCAUCUUUUUCCCCCCUCUUGGUAGGUUCUGGAUUCCAGGUGAGCCCAACAAUGCUGGGAACAAUGAACACUGUGGCAAUAUAAAGGCUCCCUCACUUCAGGCCUGGAAUGAUGCCCCCUGUGACAUAACGUUUCUUUUCAUUUGUAAGCGACCCUAUGUCCCAUCAGAACCAUGACAGGACAGGCUCCCAAGCUCACUCUUUGAGCUCCAACGCUUGUUAAACAUGAGGAAAUGCCUUUCUUCCCCAGACUCCAGGACGACUUUGCACGUUAAUUUUUCUUGCUUCAAAAUCGUCCCACAGUGGCAUUCUGGAGUCCGUCUGUCUUGGCUGGAAAUUCUCUGACCUCUUGGAGGCAGCUGGAAUGGAAAGGAGAAUUCAGGUUAAAGUGGGAGGGGUGGGUAGAGAGGAUUUAGAAGUUCCAAUUGCCCUGCUAAGGAGGAUCAAGACCCGUAAUCCGGCACAACACCCUGGGGUUUUCCACUCUUUCAGAGAAGCCUCAGCUUCAUCACAUCAAAGUUACUCCAGAGCAACCAAGCAAUUCUCCUGAUAUUGUCAUCCAGGGCUUUUCUUGGCCAAACCCCCUAGAAUUUCCAUGUCUCUGCUUAGCUGUGCUGGCAGCUAGCAGCUGGCUGUGUUUGCCAUGCAAAUUGCUCUGUUCUUGGAAAUCCUGCUCAUGGUAUGUCCCCAGUGGUUUCUUCAUCCACAUCAUCUAAAGCCUGAACCCGUUCUUCUCUGGUUCAAGUCAGCGGCUGACACGGACUUGUAUCUCCUUCAGAGCUCGGCUGGCUCCCUUCUCCUUCCACUCCCUUAGUACGCUGGAGUGCCGAGCCCUGCCUUCCACCCAGCGUCCAUACAGCCUCUGUCCUCACCUCUCCGGCACCUCCUCCUCCUUCUGCAUUUCCUGUCUUCCUGUGUCUUGUGCAUGGGAAGCAGCCUUCAGUGCCUUCAUGAAUUCACCUUCCAGCUUCCUCAGAAUAAAAUGCUGCCUGGGUCAAGG